AUGCGGCAGCUGUGCCGUGGCCGUAUACUGGGCAUCUCGGUGGCCAUAGCGCACGGGGUCUUCUCGGGCUCCCUCAACAUAUUGCUCAAGUUCCUCAUCAGCCACUACCAGUUCUCCUUCCUGACGCUGGUGCAGUGUCUGACCAGCUCCACGGCGGCGCUGAGCCUGGAGCUGCUGCGGCGCCUCGGGCUCAUUGCCGUGCCCCCCUUCGGCCUGAGCCUGGCGCGCUCCUUCGCGGGGGUCGCAGUGCUCUCCACUCUGCAGUCCAGCCUCACGCUCUGGUCGCUGCGCGGCCUUAGCCUGCCCAUGUACGUGGUCUUCAAGCGCUGCCUGCCCCUGGUCACCAUGCUCAUCGGUGUCCUGGUGCUCAAGAACGGCGCGCCCUCGCCGGGGGUGCUCACGGCCGUGCUCAUCACCACCUGCGGCGCCGCCCUGGCAGGAGCCGGUGACCUGACGGGCGACCCCAUCGGGUACGUAACGGGCGUGCUGGCUGUGCUGGUGCACGCUGCCUACCUGGUGCUCAUCCAGAAGGCGAGCGCGGACACAGAGCACGGGCCGCUCACAGCGCAGUACGUCAUCGCUGUCUCCGCCACCCCGCUGCUGGUCGUCUUCUCCUUCGCUAGUACGGACUCCAUCCACGCCUGGGCCUUCCCCGGCUGGAAGGACCCAGCCAUGGUCUGCAUCUUCGUGGCCUGCAUCCUGAUCGGCUGCGCCAUGAACUUCACCACGCUGCACUGCACCUACAUCAACUCAGCCGUGACCACCAGCUUCGUGGGCGUGGUGAAGAGCAUCGCCACCAUCACGGUGGGCAUGGUGGCCUUCAGCGACGUGGAGCCCACCUCUCUGUUUAUAGCCGGCGUUGUAGUGAACACCUUGGGCUCCGUCAUUUACUGUGUGGCCAAAUUUGUGGAGACCAGAAAGCAAAGCAACUACGAGGACCUGGAGACGCAGACCAGGGGAGAGGAGUCGCAGCCAAGUGGAGACCAGCUGCCGUUCGUGAUGGAGGAGCUGCCUGGGGAGGGUGGAACUGGUGGGUCAGAAGGUGGAGAGGCAGCAGGUGGCUCCACUCGACAGAGUGGGCGAGAGGCGAGGGGCAGCCCCAGAGGAAUCCCGCUGGUGGCCAGGAGUUCCCACAUCACAGACACCUCAGAAGAAAUGAGCAAAAGGUCACUAAAGGAUGCUUACCUUGGAGUGUGGAGAUUAGUGAGGGGCACCAAGUAUAUGAAAAAGGAUUAUUUGAUAGAAAACGAGGAGCUACCCAGUCCUUGAAAAGGAAGUGUGUGCAUGUACAUAUGUACAUACACUCAUUUUAUGUUAGAUAUGUUUUAAUGACGGUCCAACCAGUUCUAUUCUUUGAGGAGUAGGGAAGGGAAGCAAAGAAAGAAUCUGAAGGGACUGAUAGAGAACAAACAAAAUGAGCACCUCUGUGAAUUAUUUAGUGUGACUUUACCUGAGGCAUCACAGAGACAAAAGAAUGUGAAAGUGCUUAACAAACAGAGCAGUGGUCUCAGCUUCAGACUCCUGGCACAUUUAUUUUCUGUCUUUACAAUCUUAAGCAAAUAUCUGCAUGUACCAAGAGUCCCCCAACCACCUCCCUCCAAAGAUGGAGUGUAGAAAUGAUGACAGAACUUAAUAAGCUCAAAGAUUACAACCAAGGACACAUUUGUGAUGCUAGAACUACAUAUUGAUCAACAGCUGGAAAAAGAGGAGAUUAAUGAAAUGACAUUAUAUAUAAACACACUGAAUGGAUGUUUAUCUGAUAUGUCAUGUUUACUCUCCUUUUUCUUCCCUCGUUUUUAAAAUAAGCUCUCUACUAUUCUAUGUUGGUAGAAAAUGUUAAAGCUAUUUUGAAAAUUGGAGUGCUUAGCUUAAAUCAUGAAGUUUAAAGUUUGCUUUUAGUACUUAUAAAAUAUUUAAAAAAUUGUUUUAGUUCAUGGCUUUAUAAUAUUUGUUAUUGAAUGCCAUACAUUUUAAAACCAGUUUUACUGACUGUGUCCAAUAUUCUCUCAUGUAAAUGCAGCAGCUGAAAUAGAAUUCGGUAUUAACUGCAGCCCAGUCAGAAGAGAGAAGACCAUCCUGAAAAAGAACCCCUUUCAUGACUUGCACUGCUUAUCCCAAACCAUGUUAC